UUCUCACCGGCCCAGACCCCCCGGUGCCAUGGCCCGGGCUCCUCUCCCCGCCAGCUGGGCCCUGCAGGUGGCCGUCAUCGUCCUCACCCUGGGUCUGAGCCAGUGCCGGGUUAAACUACAGAUGAACCCCGUCCCGCCCUCGCUGACGGUGGCCGUGGAUAGCGAGGCCACCCUACACUGCCCCUACAACAUCUCGGAGGCCAAUCAGGCAGUCAACGUGACCUGGUACUGGAUCAUCCAGGGCAACUUCUCCUGGCCAGCCAUGCGUGUCACGGAACAGAUCCUGGGGUCCAAAGGGGAGCUCUUCUUCCCCAAGGUCUCCAAGAAGGACGGCGGGAUCUACCAGUGCGAAGUGCAGGUGGCCAACCUCUCCGAAAAGUCCUGCGGCACCUACCUGCGGGUCAGGGAGCUGAUGCCCAAGCCUUUCCUGGACAUGAACGAAGCAACCAAAAACCGGCUCAUCACCGCCGAGGGCAUCAUCCUGCUCUUUUGCGCUGUAGUCCCGGGGACGUUACUGCUAUUCCGGAAGAGAUGGCAGAACGAGAAAUAUGGGGUGGAAAAGAGAGAUGGCUACGAGGAGGAGAACCUGUAUGAGGGCCUGAACCUGGAAGAUUGUUCCAUGUACGAAGACAUCUCCCGUGGUCUGCAAGGCACCUACCAGGACGUGGCCACACUGAGGGUGGGAGACAUCCAGCUGGAGAAGCCGUGACCCCAUGGGCCACGCCACCCCUGGUCUCUGUGGCCACGCCCACCUCUCGCUUCACCUGCCAGGCCCCAGGCCCUGGAUGAGCACCCCCUCCCCAUAACCUUGACACCCUCCCCAUGCCUCUCCGUCCCCGAUCAUCCUCACCCCGGCCCCCAACCCCCUUCCUCCCUUGCUUUAAGACUGGCUUUUCCCCCACCCUCCCCACUUCUGCACCUCCCCGGGCCUGGCCCAACCUGGUCUCUGUGGCAUCGCCCACCCACCCCUGGUUUCACCUGUCAGGACCCAGGCCCUGGUCCAGGCUCCUCCCGCCUAACCUCAGUACCCUUCCCCAGGCCUCCCAGUCAUCCCAUCCUCCAACCUUUUUCCCUCGCUUUACAGUUAGUUUCCCCCUCCCAAUCACCCACCCCUUGGGUCCAGCCUGACCUGGUCUCCAUGGUCUCACCCACCCCUCACUUCACCUGCCAGGCCCCAGGCUCUGGCUUGAACCAUCCCCCCAACCUCAGUACCCCUUCCCACACCUCCUUUCCCGGAUCAUCCUCAUGCCUGUCCCCCUACCCCUUUCCUCCCUGCCUUUACUACUGGUUCCCCACAUCCCUGCCCCUUCAGCCCCCUGGGCCGGGCCUGACCUGGUCUCCAUGGCCUCGUCUACCCCUCGCUUCCCCUGCCAGGCCCGGACCCUGGUCUGAAUCCCGUUCCCCCUCACCUCAGUACCCCUCCCCACGCUUCCCCCAUCCCCUAACCCCCCCGUCCCCCUCCUCCCCUCAUUCCCCACCCUCUGGGUCAGGCCCGCCUUGGUCUCCUAGGCCCGGCCCACCCCUCGCUUCACCUGCCAGGCCCCAGGCCCUGACCUGAGCCUCUCCCCAGCCCCCACCCAUCCUCAGGCCCAUCCCCCCGGCUCCCCUCCCCCCUGGCUUUACGGCUGGCUCCCCCCUCCCCCUCGGCGGCUCUGUAAUGAGCCUUUAAUCGCCACCACGUCGGGAGAUGAUUGUUUCAGACUCGUUAGCGCUCCCUCCGCGUCGCGCUCUCUGUCAUAACCACUUAACGGUAAUAAAUUCUCCACGGGGCGGGGAGCCCGGGACCUCCA